GGAAUGUGGGACUGAAGGAACCUUCAUUUCCAGCCCACUCCUCUCACACAGCUAGAUCUAGAUACAGCACACUCUCCACUCUCAUCCAUCCGAUCUGUGUCUGUUGUCUGCUUGCGGCAUUGUGCUGGUUGUUGUUUAGUUGAAGUACGGUAGGUUGUGCUGAUAACGGUGUAAGGUCCUGUGGUUUUGGUUAUGAAUGCCUAGCUAGCUAUUACCUCAAGUUUCCCGGAAGGUGCAAAGAGACACUCCGUCAUUGAUCGUACAAAAGCAAACCAAAAAGCACACUUUCACCAAAUCAUCCCAUCAUUCCAUCAUCAUCAUUGAUCCAUCCAACCAUCACUCAAUCACUUCAGUUCAGUGAAGAAAAAUAAAGAGUCGUAUAAAAAGAAACACACGACAGUGCAAUGAAGCGACCCAGCAGCAGCCAUCGUCCACAAGGCCCAAGCACCCAUGCUUCUCCACACGCAGAAGAGACAGAGACACCAUCAAGAAUACGUCGACCACCUCCCCGCAAUGAAGUGCUUCGAACCGUCAGUGCGGACAGUGCCGCUUCCGCGGGACGAGAUGUGAUGACCAUUCUGCAACAGGAUGAUCAAGAACUAGCCGCUGCCAAAAUUAGAGCCAAACAGGAGAAUCAACCGUCACAGUCAAUACAACAACAAUCACAGUCAAAAUCAAUACAACAAUCUACUGAGUCACAAGAUCCAACAACACCACAACGACAACGCCCAAGAACGACGACCAGCAAAUCUCCACCCCGUAAUUCAAGAUCACCGCGCAAUACAACGUCGGCACCGCCACGCAUCCAUCCCAGAAAUGAUGUAUUACAAGACAAUGAUUUUGCCGCCAAGCAAAUGGGACGUGCGGCAUCCGAGGCACAAUACACCAGUAGGGACCAAGCGACCGCUGUCAAUUUAGCAUUUCGAUCCUCUCAAAGAGACAGUAGUCAAUAUAUGGAAAACAUGAUUCAAAUAGACGACGACGACGACAAAGAAGAAACCAAACAGGAAGAAGAACCACACUCCAAGACACCACCAUCAGAACAACCUGAAGAAGAACAACCACACUCCAAUACUACACCACCAGACAACAAUGAUGCCAAAACUACUAGUAUGGAACCGAUUCCUGACUCCUCCAAACCGGGUGCCUUUCGCGUAGGAACUUCCUUUGCUCCCAAUAAUCCGGCAGUAUCCUCGGACAGUGACAAUAAUGCCUCCUGGCACGCGGACAGUGGGGACGAACAAGAGCCACAAGAUGGAGCCGUCAAUCCCACAACCAACAGGAACGAACCGGUACAGGAUGAAAGUACUGCCAAUCACAACAAUGACAAUAAUAGUGGCGGAGAUAUCCUGGUGGAGGCAACACUCGUGACGGCAGAUGCGGAUGCCAUGGAUGCCGAAAAGGGUCUGGUCCAGCAAGAUCGGGUCGUUAUACCGGAACCAGAGUUGGUCACGGCAGAGAGAAUGUCCGAUAUACAUCCGUCAACGCAAGAAUUAUUAUCCAAUGCUGAUAACAAGCAAGGACGAAAAUGGAUCAUGGCAGGCAUUGGUGUAUUAUUGAUCCUCCUCAUUCUUAUUACAAUUGCCAGUGUCAUUGUGGGAGUUGGAGUGGGACGACGACAAAAGAAUAAGAAUGAACCCACCGUGGCACCGACAACAUCACCGACAGCGACACCCACAGCAGCACCCACAACGUUUUUCAAUAAUGUACUGCCAACCUCCACGCAACAAGCCAUUCAACAGAAUGAAUCCUCCGCACAGGCGCAAGCGUAUCAAUGGUAUUUGGACGAUCUGGAAUACCAAGCCAAUGUCACUACUGCUGCAAAUGACACAGAUGAUGACCCACAUCAAUUUGCUUCGUUUGUUCCUUUGCAACGAUUCGCAUUGGCCACCGUGUAUUAUGCAACGGGCGGUGGAGAAUCAUCGUGGAGUGUGCAAACCAACUGGUUGCAUCAUGAUGAAUCGGCGUGCAACUGGUAUACCACUUUCUUUGGCAGCAUUUGUGGGACUGGUCCUCUGUUCUUCGCUGGCCAGAGGAGGCUGCAUAACGAGUACAACAACAAUAACAACAAUCUCCGACGACGGCAACUGCAAGAGGUGGUGACAGAACCACCGGUCCCUCCCAAGACAUACUACAAUCGACUCUCACUCUUCACAAACAACUUGGUUGGCACACUGCCCCCAGAGGUCGCCUUGCUGCCCUACUUGGAUGUGGUCAAUCUGCAUGGGAACAACAUUACCGGGUCACUUCCGACGGAGAUGGGACUCCUAGCCUAUGUGACUCUGUUUCAACUUUUUCAGAACCAACUUACUGGCAAAGUACCCAGCGAACUUGGGCUCUUGCCCCAAAUCAAACAACUAAAUUUGGGAUUCAACACACUAACAGGAACGAUCCCCAGUGAACUGGGGCAGCUGUCCAACACGGUGGAAUCGCUGUCAGUAUCCAACAACUUGGUUGCUGGACAACUUCCUUCCGAGCUAGGAUACUUGACCCGUUGCACGGCAUUGUACUUUUACCGGAAUCCAAGUCUUACGGGCCCCUUGCCCACGGAAGUGGGAAGGAUGACUGAUCUUAGGGUAUUCCAAAUGAACGACGCCAACUGGACUGGUCGGUUGCCAUCGGAGCUGGGGCAGUUGACAGGCCUGUCAGAAAUCUACUUGGACGACAAUCCGUAUUUGGAGGGAACCAUUCCUGCUUCUUGGGGGAAUCUGACAGCUUUGAGCACGCUAUCCUUGCACAAUACCGACCUGUCAGGGACUUUGCCAUCUGGAUUAUGUGACUUGAUGGACGCUGGCACUUUGGAACCCAUUUCGAUUGAUUGUGGCAAAGUCAGUUGCCCUUGCAGCAAUGUGACAUGCGACUGUCUUCAAACCACAUCAAGUAGCCAUCAUCAAAGCACCUCUGCUGGUGGGGAGCUAGUGACCGAUGCUCCAAUCCUUACCGAGGGAUGGCCAUACAACGAGACAGACCCAUACGGCAACGAGCUAGUGACAGAAGCCCCUAUCGUUGAGAUUGAGGCUCCCAAUGAUGGGGCAGAACUUGUCACUAUGCCGCCGUAUGCCUUUUCAAACUAUACGAAUGAAGACAGCUAUGUUGUUAAUUCCAAUACCGAUGACGACAAUGAAAGUACGGAGCUCGUGGAGAAUGCAUCAAUUGACAAUAUGGAACUCCCUGACGACUUGACGGUCUUUCCGGAGGAAUAUACCAUUGAAACGGUGCCACCGGACGAAGACCCUUUAUCAGCCGAACUGGUGGAGUCGUCGGAAGUUUACAAUGAUUCCCCCGAAGAUGAAUUGCCUCCAGAAUUGGUUACGUUUGAACCUCCAGCACCCACUGAGGCUUCCUCUUCCAACCCAAGCAUGCAGCGAGAUGCAAACAUAUUUGAUCAUUCGAAAGGAUGAUCUGGCACUGUAAAAUUCCCAAUAGAACCAGCUUGUAAAGAGUCAAUAGAAGUCUUUAUUAGAAUACAGACGU